UGGCUACGUUAAAAUUUGUAGCAUUAACUUGCCAGAACUAAAGAUGACCGUAUUAGCCUCUCAGUCGUAAUUUCCGCUAACGAAAUCGAUCUUCCCUUAUUUCCGGUGGCCGCAUGUGUAGUGUUUUAGGUGAAUUCUGUAGUCUUGCUAAAUAAAGGUAAAACCUUUAUUAUGAAAGUGAAGGUUUUAUGUCGGAAUCCUGAUGACUAUGUCCGAGAGACAAAGAGGGACCUGCCUAGAGUUCCUCGAAACUAUGACCCCUCAUUACAUCCAUUUGAAGUCCCCCGGGAGUACACAAGAGCCCUGAAUGCCACCAAACUGGAGCGUGUGUUUGCUAAACCUUUCAUUGCCUCACUGGAUGGCCACAGAGAUGGGGUAAACUGCAUGGCAAAACAUCCCAAGAGUUUGUCCAUUGUCUUAUCUGGAGCUUGUGAUGGAGAGGUUAAAAUUUGGAAUUUGCCCAAGCAUGAAUGUGUUAGAACAAUACAAGCACAUGAAGGUUUUGUGAGAGCGCUCUGUGUUCGAUUCUGUGGGACCUCAUUUUUCACAGUUGGAGAUGAUAAGACUGUGAAGCAAUGGACAAUGGAAAGCCCAGCUUAUGGAGUAAAAGAAGAGCCGAUUCACACAAUCCUCUCAAAGAGUGUGAUCACAGGGAUUGACCAUCACUGGAAGAAUGCCGUAUUUGCCACCUGUGGGCAGCAGGUCGAUGUCUGGGAUGAGCAGCGGACAAGUCCUAUGCGUUCCUUUACAUGGGGAGUGGACAGCAUUUCCUGUGUCAAAUUUAAUCCAAUUGAGACACACAUUUUAGGAAGCUGUGCUUCUGAUAGAAAUAUUGUCCUAUAUGAUAUGAGACAGGCAACGCCAUUGAAAAAGGUUAUUCUAGAAAUGAGGACAAAUGCACUCUGUUGGAAUCCUAUGGAAGCUUUUAUAUUCACUGCGGCCAAUGAAAACUACAACUUGUACACAUAUGACAUGCGCUACUUGGACAGCCCUGUAAAGGUUCAUAUGGAUCACGUAUCAGCGGUUCUGGAUGUGGACUAUUCCCCUACUGGAAAGGAGUUUGUGUCUGCAAGCUUUGACAAGUCCAUCCGUAUCUUCCCUGUAAACAAUAUGCACAGCAGAGAGGUGUAUCACACAAAAAGGAUGCAGCACGUCACCAGUGUCAGAUGGUCUCUAGACAACAAAUAUAUCCUGUGUGGCUCAGAUGAAAUGAACAUCCGAAUAUGGAAAGCGAAUGCUUCAGAGAAGCUUGGUGUGUUAUCCCCACGAGAGAGAGCUGCCCAAAACUACAACCAGAAACUAAAAGAGAAGUUCCAGCACCAUCCACAAAUCAAGCGGAUCGCACGGCACCGGCACCUUCCCAAAACCAUCCACAGCCAGAUAAGGGAACAGCGAAUCAUGAGAGAGGCGCGUCGUAGAAAGGAAAUGAAUAGACGCAAACACAGCAAAAAGGACUCCGUACCAAUUGUGACAGAGAAGAAGAAACAUGUGGUGGCUGUGGUCGAAUAGCAAGACUUGUGUUUAAUAAAGUGUUAAUCCAUUCGCUGCUGAAAGAGUUGGCGAAAAUUUCGUCCUCAAUGUAUUACAGCCAAAAAGGGGUUAAAAAAGUGUACUGGGAAUAUAAUGCCAUACUGUGUAGAGGAGCCAACUCUUGUUUUGUAUUUUACUGAAUCUACACGAGUAGACAUUCAGUUUCUUGGUAUUGGAUACAUUCUGGAAGCCUAGGUGCCAUGGCAUGGCAUUUUAUUUGCAGAUCCUAACUAUGGAUUUUUGUACAUAUAUAAAUAUACAUAUAUAAUCAUCCUUGUAUGACUCCUACACCAUGGAUGGCGGCCUUCACUCUUCUUUAUUUGUAAUGUCUCCAUCUGUUUAGACCAUUUCUUUGAAAGAGCGACCUUUUGUAAGGUGUUUUUUUGUUUUUUUUCCCGCCUCACUCUUACUGAUGGUGGAAACACAUUUCCUUUAAUUCCUAAAGUCUAAUAAAAUUUUAAUUCCUCCUAAA